AUGGCUUCAAAGGAUGCGCCGGUGGGCAUCAUCGACCCCACUGAAGUCGGAGUCUUUGCAGCUCAUCUCUUGUCCGACGGCAAUCCUACCGUGCACAACAAGGCCAGAUAUGUUCUGAACGGGCCAGAGGACAUAACUGGAAAACAGAUUGUGGAUAUGGUUGAGCAGUACAUCGGCGUCCAGGUUGAGGAAGUCAUCUAUAAGGAUGUGUCGUUCAUUGACUUUCUUUAUGAGCAUCAGUAUGCGGCGACUCAUCAAUCAAAGAACGUGAUCUUGUCUAUCAAACACGCGCCCGAGACAGCAUGGGAAGGGCAGUGCACGGCGUCUACAACCACGGCCAUGAUGCCUUAG